UGAUUGGACGACCCUGUCAAAAUACAGGCCUCUGGACGACCUUGACAAUCCAAACACGCGAACGAAUAGCUGGAUAAAUUUCUCCUGUCAUCCUCAUUUCGCUGCCCUGCGCCACGACACCGGCUGCUGCAGUCCCUUUUCUAGGCGAUACCCAGCAUCUGCACUCUGCCCUUUUUAUAUUCCCUCCUUUGAAACUCGCAUUCUCGUCGCGAUAGCUAUUCCAGCGGUUGCCCUAACUUUCUAUUUGCAUCACAUAACCUGACAAAAUGGGUGAAUCCAGACAAGAGCUCCUCAAUUGGCUGAACAGCCUCCUUCAGCUUAACAUGACCAAGGUCGAGCAGUGCGGAACUGGCGCCGCGCUCUGCCAGGUCUUUGACAGCAUAUACAUGGACGUGCCUAUGUCCAAGGUCAAGUUCAACGUCAGCGGCGAUUACGCCUACAUCCAAAACUUCAAAGUUUUGCAGAACACGUUCCUCAAGCACCAGGUCGAUAAGCCCAUCCCCGUCGAAUCGUUGGUGAAAUGUAAGAUGCAGGACAACCUGGAGUUCCUGCAAUGGACGAAGAAGUUCUGGGACCUCAACUUCCCCGACCACGAUUACGACGCUGUUGCACGAAGAAAGGGUGGCGGUAUGCCCGCAGCUAGUUCCGGAGCGGCGGCGCCCAGGGCUGCUGUCUCUAGCGCCGCUGCCCGACGAGUUGGCGGCACCACCCCAAGCACCGGCCCUCGUCUCGCCAAGGCAGCACCAGGCCCGGGCACCGCAGCUCUGCAGGCGGAGAUAGCGACUUUGAAGGAGAGCGUGGGCGGCCUGGAGCGCGAACGAGACUUCUACUUUAGCAAGCUUCGUGAUAUUGAAUUGCUGAUCCAGCAAGCUGUGGAGGAGGACCCUGAACUGGAGAAGCAAGAGGAUGGCCUGGUCAAGCACAUUCAGAACAUCCUGUACUCUACGGAGGAGGGCUUCGAGAUCCCAGCCGAGGCCGAGGGUUUGGAUGACCAGGAGACUUUUUAAAACGAAGCUAUUGGACCGUGAUAUUUGAUCGCUUAGAAGGGGAUGGGGAGGAGCAUUUGGAAGGGUUUGGGUUGUUGAUUCAAAGCAUAUGGCCAUUCAUGCGUGAUGGAAGCAUUCAUGGGUGCCGCAAUUUACACCUUUCUUUUUUUUUUUUGUUAGAGGACUUAGGGUGUGAAUCCUAUAGAGCAAACUAGUACAACUGUUUGGACAAUACUACUAUUAAUACGUCUUUGUGUUGGUUGGUGUUAUACCUA